CCCGUCUAUCUCACCAAUUUGAACAAGCAUGACGGACAAGGAGAAGGUCGCGGCCGAGUCGCUCGUCGAUUUUUCCAGGCUACCUUCGAGCGCCCUAGACACUUACAUUUCCUUCUACGAUCUCGCAAAGGCGUUCCCACCCCCCAUUUCGAGAUCCGGUGCAUAUCCCCAUGAUGGCGACGAUGAGCCCGAGGAUCAAGAAUUCCACGACACCGAUGGAUUGACAAAAGAUACUGGUGAAGCGGAAGAGGGUGGACAAGAAGGUGGUUCCGAAGAAGGGCAAGGGAGGAGGACAAUGAAUUCAAACGGGCUUCCUGCCCCUCUGACUGGCUCGCGACUGCGACCUCGCUCGCCACCGGGGGGGGCAGGUGGGGGUGGUAGUGGCAACGGCGCGACGAAUGGCUCAGUUGGGAAACGGAAUGCUACGAUCACUGGACUUGACGAGGAGGCUCGCCAGCAGCAACACUUUCAAGCAAGAGCCGAGGAGGAUGACCCUCCUUGCCCAUCCCACUUCUACGACGCAGAGGCGGCGACGAGCUAUCUGGGCGCCGUGGCAGGGAAACACUUUGCCAACCAGCCACCUCCGAAAGAAGGUGAAGUUGUUGUUCAAUUUCUGUACCGAUGCCGCGCAGGAGACAAGAUACUGAAGGUAUUCUCGGGCUAAAUUUGUCCUUGCCGAAGUCAAUCUAUGAUACCUUGCGCUGUCUUUUUCCUAUACCUCGUCAAAUAAAGAUGCAAUCUAUGUGAUUGGUGUAU